UGAUAUCGACUAUAGGAUCGAAGAAUUUUUAUUGCGAAAACGUCGUGUGUGCUAAAUUUGGCUUUUAGUUAUUGUUAAAUAUUCUAAUUUACGUUUAACAUAAUAGUGUAAUAGAGUGUAGCAAAUGUCGCUUUUUCGCAAACCAAAGAAAAUACAGCGACGCGUAUUCUCAAGUAAUGCAGACGAGGACGAUGAUGCGUCGGCUAUGGACAUUGAUGGGGGUAUGGAAACGCCCCCACCGCCUCCGCCUAUAAUUUCCGCAUCGGGAAAGCGUGAUAAAGAUGCAAAAGCCAAAAAAACAAUUCGACCACCCGAUGAAAGUGGAGCAACAACUGGUGCAACCACUGUCCAACACAAGCCUAAGGCACUUCUUAGUUUUGCUGACGAUGAGGACGAUGGGGAAGUGUUUCAAGUGCGCAAAUCCUCGCACAGCAAGAAAGUCAUGCGAAUGUUAGACAAGGAGCGACGCAAGAAGAAGCGCGAGGAACGUGCGGAACACACGGGACUGAGCGGACACCCGGGUUACGAGAAUGGUAGUACUAUCCAGCAUUUAGAGUCGUCCAGUGCCACUGCUUCGGGUGCUGGUCCAGCCAAUCUGUCUAGUAGAGUACAGAGUAAAAGUAAAAAGUGUGAUAAUGAUAUGAUCCAAACCGAAAUACGCACAGACGACUUUGUGCUUGUUGUCAAGAAGUCAGAAACUCCUGAUGUUCUUUUAAAUGGACGUGCCGCGCUGUGCGCUGGUCGCGACGAUAUGAGCGACGAGGAACAGACGGAUGAUAGAGAUCAUGAUAAGGCGCGGCAUCGCUUCUCAAAACCAGAGCACUUGAAGCAAAUGCUGGAAAGCGGUUCCAUACCGGAUGCUGCCAUGAUCCAUGCGGCACGAAAACGCAGACAGCGAGCUAGGGAGCAGGGUGCUGGUGACUACAUACCCAUUGAGGAGCCCAAGGAGGCGCCUAAGCUUAGCACGCGAUUGCCACGUGAAGAUGUCGAAGGCGAUCAGUCGGACGAUGAAGAGCGCAUGGAUAUGAAUGACAUAACGGGUCGGAAGGAGCGUGAAGAGCGUCGUGAACAGUUUUAUGCCGUUGAGAAUGAUUUAACCGAGGAAGAUUCCGAUCGCGAAAUGCACGAAUGGGAGAAUCAGCAGAUACGCAAAGGUGUCACUGGCGCCCAACUCGUGCACGCUCAGCAUGAAACCGUGCUUUCACGUUUCAUGAUCAAGCCAUCAGCGCCCAGUGGCGAUGAUCCCUUGGAACUGGAGCAUAUAGCGCAACAGGUGCCGCCAUCAACGGCAACAUUGUUGGAGCAGGCAUAUGCAAAGACCAGCAUUGACAGAAAAAGUGCCAUGGCAUCGGUAAUGCGUUCCAGCGUAGCCAAGCCCAAGAGGGAAAAGGCAAAGGCGACGGCUUUGCGGACACCACAGGAAAUGCGCACAGCAAUUUUAACGCGUCUGACAGAACUACAGGAGCGAAAUGAGGAUCACAGUGCCAGCAUUGCGCGCAUUGCAGCCGAAUUAAAAUCUUUGAAACUACAACAGCUUGAGUGUCACCAGAAUGCGCCUACGGCGGCCGCUAAAUACAAGUUCUAUCAAGAGAUUAAAUGUUAUGUUAACGAUUUGGUCGACUGUCUGGCCGCCAAGUUGCCGCUCAUAAAUGAUCUGGAGAAACGUGCCCUGCAGCUGUAUGGCAAGAAUCAACGUUAUCUAGUCAAUCGGCGGCGGCAAGACGUGCGCGAUCAAGCCAAGGAGAUGGCUGAGGCAUCAAAACCACUAUCAGCUGCUGCACGUCAAACACCGGAACACGAGGAGCAAGUGCGUCGUGCGGCCGAGCGAGAAGGCCGUCGCACGCGACGUCGCUGUGAGCGUGAGCGCAACUAUUUGUUAGCCUCCCAUCUGGAUGGCAUGUCCAGCGACGAUGAGAUUGCUGAUCAACAGCAGGAACAGUGCCAAGCCGCAAAGGAACUUAUCGAAUCGCAAGCAGCAGAUGUCUUCGAUGACGUCACUGACGAUUUCUGUAAAAUCGAUCUGAUACUUGUUAAGUUUUAUGCUUGGCGUAAAACGGAUAUGAGUUCGUAUCAGGAUGCGUUUUUUCCCCUUUGCCUACCUAAAUUAUUAGCGCCAUUGGUGCGUCAUGAGUUGCUACUUUGGUCGCCACUGCUAGAGGAGUACACAGACAUUGAAACAAUGAAUUGGUAUCAGGCGUGCAUGCUUUACGCCUGCCAGUCAGAUGAAACGGUUGAGCGUCUAAAGCAGGAUCCCGAUGUAAAUCUGGUGCCCUCGCUGAUAGAAAAGAUUGUGCUACCCAAAGUGAACUCCCUGGUUGCGGAGUGCUGGGAUCCAUUGUCAACGACACAAACGCUACGGCUAGUAGGCUUUAUCAACCGCCUGGGUCGUGAAUUCCCGCUCAGCAGCAGCAACAAGCAACUGAAAAAGCUUUUUGAGUCAAUUUUGGAACGAAUGCGCCUCGCGCUGGAAAACGACGUAUUUAUACCCAUCUUUCCCAAGCAGGUGCAGGAGGCCAAAGGCUCGUUCUUUCAGCGUCAGUUUUGUAGUGGUCUAAAACUGUUUCGCAACUUUCUAAGCUGGCAGGGUAUUCUGGCCGAUAAGCCGUUACGGGAGCUAGCCAUAGGAGCUCUGCUAAAUCGCUAUCUUCUUAUGGCUAUGCGUGUAUGCACUCCAAAUGAUGCAAUUAGCAAGGUCUAUAUUAUUGUGAAUACUCUGCCAACAGUUUGGUUGCUGACCAACAGCGAUACGUUGAAGAAUCUGGAGUUAUUCAUAAGCUAUAUACGACAAACGCUGGAUAAUUGCGAUGCUAAUAAUCCACUACUUAUGCAAUCCUGCGACAAGGCGAAGCAGAUACUACAAAGACUACAUAGCUUAUAAAGUGCAUACAUUACAUAAAUUUAUACCAAUCACACUUAUCGCGAUUUAAACUUAGCUCAAUGAUAGAUUUUUGCGUCUGAAUUGUCAACCACAAUUAAAUACUAUUGAUAUUUCCUAUCUUAGAAAGUCUAACAAUAACUAAAUCCCCCGGUUCUCCUAUAAAACUGCUCAAAAUUGUCGGCAACUAUUCAAGAAUCUAUCUACAAAUAAUGCAUAAACAAUGAUGUACAUACUUUUAUAACCAUA